AUGGACGCCAACGGCAGCAAUGAUACAGUCGACAGGCAAGCAUCACACAACCCGACGAGCACCGCUGCGGCCCAGGCCUCAACUUCUCGACUCGAUCAACAAGCUACAUCACCGCAACAUCCUCGCAUCGAGCUUCUGAGCGAUCAUGACGGCCAAAGCGGUCCUUCAGAUUCUGAUGCGCCGCUUGCGAAUAAGAAGGUCGGUGUCGACAAGCCCGAUACCGUCUCUGACACGAGUCAUGAUCCAUCCACCCCAAAGCAGGCCACUUGUCCAGCAUCCACACCCUCCAAACCGUUGAUCUUCCUCAAAAGCCUCUCACCAAAGAUACCGCUUCAGAUCCACGUUCCGCCUGAGCUCAAUUCCAUCUUGGAGCGAAAGAUACAAAUCGCCGUUCGUUCACACGGUGGGGCAAUGGCCAGAUAUCUUGGCAAGGCUGACUUAAUUGUCAUUGAUCCAAAAUUGGUGGGUGCUGCUAAGAAGGCUCUCAAAGAAGCAAAUCAGAUUGCACAGCCCAUCCCCGUCGUCACACCAGACUAUAUUUACGACAGCGUUACCCGAGGCGAGAGAAUCAACUUUAACCAUCCAAAGUACAAGUACGAUGGCUCCCGUCCCCAGACUGCACCUGCAGUAACGGCAACCAAGGACACGCCCCUAGCUUCUCACUCCUUUGCAGGCCGCAACCCGUUCACAGAGGCCGACCGUGAAGCUGUCAUCGCCUACUUCAUCCACAAGUCCGACCGUUCCUGCAGCAUCAACACCGCCGCCAAAGAGCUCGCCAAACUCAUUCCCUCCCAUACCCACUCCAGCUUUCAGACCUAUCUGCAAAACAACUAUGAAAAAGGCUGGAACCUCAAGCAGCGCGUCUGGCUCGCUCGACGUGCGGCACUCCAAGACGAGCCCUCCGAGCUACACGCUCGCAUUCUCCGCUCUCAAUACACUGCUUCACCCGGUCCAGCCGAGCAGUCUGCCCCAUCUGACGGCUGGCCUCACACCUCAUCUGCCCCAUCACAAGGCGAGCGAGCAACUUCCCUCGACGAGGAUGACGAGGACAUUCAGCUGCGACAGCCAAAUCCAGGUGCCGCCAUCCAAGAUGUUGAGAAGAAUCCCACCAAAGCGAUUAGCAUACCCAUACCCUAUGCUUCCUCUGAGCAACCCGACUCUUGUUGCAAUUCUGUAGAGCCGCCUCCUUCCAAGCAGAGGAUCGACAUGCCCGCCUCGCCGUCCAUACAGGAGGAGUCUGAUCCAGACGAGUUCUCACCAACGAUCCUCGAACAGAUUGAACGAGCAGAACGGCUCAAAUCCUCACAAGCGAAACCCUCACAAGCGAAACCCUCACAAGCGAAACCCUCACAAGCGAAACCCUCACAAGCGAAACCCUCACAAGCGAAACCCUCACAAGCGAAACCCUCACAAGUCCAGCGUCGAGCACGUCGUUCGAGUCACUCGUCGGACGACUCAGAACUCGACCAGCUCGAUGCUGACAGUGACAAGGAUAUGCUCACCACUGGUCCCAUCCCUGUUGCUCCGCAGGCUGGGCGCAAUGUUGCAGACGGAUCCGAAGAUUCCGAAUGGCAGGGCACCCGUAGAGCUGAACUCAGGAUGCGCCGUAACGAUGCCUCCUACGUCAAAGAAGGCCGGAACAGGUUCACCCAGGAGGAGAAAGAUGAGCUCAUCUUAAGGCUUGCCGAUCAUGUCCGCAGCCAAGGUCGCGUGCCGGAUGUCUUUACCCAAGACGCUCUUUUUGCCAAACCAGAAGAUUCUUUCUGGGAGCGUUUUGCCCAAGACAAUCCCACCCACACUCUUGCUUCGUGGCGGAGUCAUUAUCUCAAGAAUCACGUCACUUAUAAACAAAUAAUCCAUCACAUUAUCGCUGAGAUGAACGGUGCAAGUGACGAAAACCAAAAAGGUGAAGAGGAAGAGCACUUUGACGAGGCGGAUGAAAGCAUGUCGCCAGAGGCCCAAAUACAGGCUGCACCCACCCGUGACGGCCAACACAGGCAAUACAGCAGCCUAGACCACGCGGCAGUUCCAGACAGAGAGUCAGAAAGCGCCGACCGCAAGAUAAAUGCUUCGGCUCUAACAAGAUCGGAUAUGACAGGUGUCUUUGACGAUAUGAGCCUUCCUGCUGACGGUAUUGUGGUCAUGAUACCAACUCAACCCGCACAAGACCGACAGCGUCCAAAGAGAACAAAACCACAGCGUCAAGCAUUGCAACAAUGGCCCCAAUCGCCUUCACCGCCUCUAAUGGAAGAAGAGGAACAGCAAGACAUGAUGCAGAUCGAGGCCGAGAUCGAUACUGCUGCAGACGAGCCGGACGGGCUGCUCGACCAGGGCGAUCAAGAUCUCAGCUCUUCCUCAGCGCAAGUUCAAGCUGCCCAAGAGCAACCUGCUGCUCGUCUUGAGUCGGAUGCAGCAGAUAGCAUGGACGAUGAGCACGAGGAGCACGAGGAGCACGAGGAGCAGGAGCAGGAGAAGCAGGAGAAGCAGGAGAAGCAGGAGAAGCAGGAGAAGCAGGAGAAGCAGGAGAAGCAGGAGAAGCAGGAGAAGCAGGAGGAAGCAACAGUUGUCCCUUACGCAGAGAUGCCUUCAACAUUGGUGCUGCCGACAGCUUCCACUCCAACCCGUCCUGUGGUUGCAUCGCCGAAGAGAGGCGUGGAUGCAGGCACACCUGUGCUUGAACAGCAUCGCGAUGCGCCAUUCUACGACUUCACCAUGGAUAGCGACGAAGAGCAACGUAUUCGCAAAGCUCGCUCCCGUCCAUCGUUGCCCAACUUGCCGGCCGGCCGACAGCAAACGUCCGCCUCCCGAACAUCGCACUCGCCCAUCACCUCGAGACGUGUGCUGAGCCAUCUUGCGACUCCUUCUCGCAAUCGCGCCCAUACUGACAGCGCCCGCCAGGAAGGAAGAGGCGAAGAUCGCAUCCAAAGGACUCGAGACUGGGCACGUAGAGUUUCGACAACCCCAUCCUCCGCUUCGCCAGAUCUGUUCCAGGAUGUUGGGCCUGUAGCGGUCGCGGAGACUUCACGAUCCCGAGCCAGUCGUAUUGACCGACGACCCCUGCUCAGGGCUGAACGCGCUCCAACUUUGGCACCGCAGCUUCUGCAAAGUGACGCCAAGGCAUCCAGAGCAUUCUCCUCGCCAACUAAAAAUUCAACGCCAGCACACGACCAUCCGAACCGCUCGCCCGAGUCUUUGAAGCGAUUAGCUCACGCCGAGAAGCUGGACAGAGAAGCCGCUCGCAUAAAGUUCCGAGCGGACGUCGAGCAUCUCCGUGCCGAUUUCGAUUUGCACAUGCUCACCACGCGCCAGCUGCUGCUCCUCUUUCGGGGUCGCGUCAAAGACGCCCGGACAUGGCUCGGUGCGAUGCGCGACGAAUAUGGUGUCGAUGCAGGAGUAGCUUACGAGUUUCUCAAGACCUCGAACGGCGAUCUGGCACAAGCCCAGAAUUUCCUCCGACUGGCAACAAAAGUGACGCGCUCAAGCAGCGCUCCACGUCUUGUCGGUGGCGCCUCUUCCCGCAGUGCAUCGCACUCUGUCAGUCCAGUGAAGCACGGUGCUGGGAUGGAUGAAAGAAGCGCGAGCCGCCUGGAUCGUGAGGAUGAUCGUGCAGUGUCAGCCAAGAGGUUGCGCCGAUGA